AUGGGCAACAGAAAAAAAGAUAAGCCUACCCUGAACACUCCGGACCAAGGAGCCGCAAAAAACCCGGGAGGUCUGGACAAAUACUUCCGAGACACCAUGAGAGUGCUCGGAGCAGGCCUAGAAGACAGUCAAACGGCGCCAUCUUCCCCACGCGGUUCACCUCCACUCAGUCUAAUCGGGUCGGAAUCACCCCCAGACCCCAGAAUGGCAGACAUAAAAGAAAUCCUGCAAAACCUACCUUCAAAGGACGACCUGGCAGCCAUGCUGGCAAAGCUGGAAGCCUCAAUGCAGGACCAGAUCACAACGCUGACCUCUGACAUAAGGCAAGUGAACAACAGGGUUGGAGACCUGGUAGAGGAUAGGGACCAAAUAAUAGAAAGAAUUCAAGCACUAGAAAAAAAACAAGAUAGCAGGGACACAACAAUUAUGUAUAUGAUGAGAAACACAGAGGAUCUAGAUAACCGCAGUAGAAGAAACAAUAUAAGAAUAAGGGAGCUACCGGAAACACAGGGGACACCUGAAGACCUCCACCAUAUACUGCAAUCUCUAUUUAAUAAAAUGCUACAACGACCAGAGGACACACAGAUCCUGCUAGAAAGAGCCCAUAGGCACUAAGACCCAAGGGCCUCCCCCACGAAACACCCAGGGAUAUAAUCUGCAGAGUGCACAAUCAUGCAGAAAAAGAAGCCAUUAUGAGAAGCGCAAGAGACGCCACAGAAAUUAUUUACAACAAUACCAAACUACUAAUUCUCCCAGAUCUCGCGUGGAUGACUCUGAGAGGGAGAAGAACGCUAAGACCGAUCACACAAGCACUCCAACAGGCUAAUAUCAAAUACAGAUGGGGGUACCCCUUCUCUUUAACCGCAUCAUACCAAGGAGUACAAGCUACGCUUACGUCCGCAGCCGAUGUGGAAGACUUCUCUAAGCGCCUAGGACUCCCCAACAUUGAAAUACCAGAUUGGUACGACAUCUCUGAACCAGAGACAUUACAAACACAACAACAACGACCAAGAGGACAAGCAACAGAUACCCGAAAAAGACCAACCUGGAAAACGCCACCAGCAUCACCAUUCAUGAGAACCAGGAGACAGCCGACAACCCCGAGAAGAAUUCACUGAGAAAACGAAAGAAGGACUACUCCAUACAGACAUUACUGAUAAUUAUAAUUACCACACCGACUGUGAAAGAAUGA